GGGGGCGGGGGAGGAGGUGGUUGGUGCCUAGAUCCAAGAUGGCGGUGCAGGAAUCAGCUGCUCAGCUCUCAAUGACUUUGAAGGUGCAGGAGUAUCCCACUCUCAAGGUGUUAUAAGCUAACACAGUUGAGGAGAGGAAGCACACCAUUUUUCUGAUCCUUGAAAGGAGAGCAUAGUUCUGUAAUGGUUACCCCCACGUAAUCUGGUGCCAUAUGAAACACUGAACAAACGAUUUCGAGCUGCACAGAAAAACAUUGAUCGAGAGACCAGCCACGUUACAAUGGUUGUGGCAGAGCUGGAGAAGACGCUGAGCAGUUGUCCUGCUGUGGAUUCAGUUGUUAGUCUCCUGGAUGGAGUAGUUGAAAAACUCAGUGUUCUGAAACGAAAGGCAGUUGAAUCAAUCCAGGCUGAAGAUGAAAGUGCGAAACUCUGCAAACGUAGGAUUGAACAUCUGAAAGAGCAUAGUAGUGACCAGCCAGCUGCUGCAAACAUGUGGAAGAAGAAACGUAUGGAUCGUAUGAUGGUGGAACAUCUUUUACGUUGUGGCUACUACAAUACAGCUGUAAAACUAGCAAGACAAAGUGGUAUUGAGGACUUGGUAAAUAUUGAGAUGUUUUUGACUGCUAAAGAAGUGGAAGAGUCAUUGGAAAGACAAGAGACUAUGACUUGCUUGGCUUGGUGUCAUGAUAACAAAUCCAGGCUCAGAAAAAUGAAGAGCUGUCUGGAGUUCAGCCUAAGGAUUCAGGAGUUCAUUGAACUUAUUCGACAGAACAAGAGACUGGAUGCUGUGAGACACGCAAGGAAGCAUUUCAGUCAGGCUGAGGGCAGCCAGCUGGAUGAGGUUCGACAAGUGAUGGGAAUGUUGGCCUUUCCUUCAGACACUCAUAUCUCCCCCUAUAAGGAUCUCUUGGACCCUGCUCGAUGGAGAAUGCUGAUCCAACAGUUUAGAUAUGAUAACUACAGACUACAUCAGCUGGGAAACAAUUCUGUUUUUACUAUAACACUCCAGGCAGGCCUUUCAGCUAUAAAAACACCACAGUGUUAUAAAGAGGAUGGGAGCUCAAAAAACCCAGACUGCCCUGUGUGUAGUAAAUCCCUGAACAAGCUGGCUCAGCCUCUGCCUAUGGCACAUUGUGCCAACUCCCGACUAGUCUGCAAGAUUUCAGGGGAUGUAAUGAAUGAAAACAAUCCCCCGAUGAUGUUACCAAAUGGAUAUGUCUAUGGAUACAAUUCUCUGCUUUCUAUUCGUCAAGAUGACAAAGUAAUUUGCCCAAGAACCAAAGAAGUGUUCAACUUCUCACAAGCUGAGAAAGUCUACAUCAUGUAGGUCCAUAGAACACCUGAUGAAGUGCCGCUGGAGUUUUGACACGGUGUAUAUUGGCAAACCCUGCAAGGGCAGGGGCCUUAAAGUGUGGCAAAGAAGCAAAACCUGCCACCUUGGGGAUCAGACCUGUCGGUGGCAUUAUUGUUUCUUGCGACCAAAGAUCAAUGAGCAACAAUAAACACUCUUUAAAAAAAAAAAA